CACGCCACGGCCUCACCACCACCUGACCACGCACGGUCGCCGUCAGUACUCAUCAGCAUCAGCAGCUGCUGCCAACGGUCGAUGAUGCUAGCCGACCUCUCGGUGCGCCCGGCCGCGUCGGCGCCCUCCCCUCAAGGCGCGGCGCGGAGGGCAGCAACCGGCGAGGGAGAUGAGAAGCCGACGUCGUCGCCGGGAGCAGGCCGCGGGGCGUGGGCGGCGGCGCUGGACCAGCGGGCGGGGUGGGCGCGGGAGUGGGACCGCGCGUACCUGCUCGCCUGCGCGGCGGGGCUCGUGGUCGACCCGCUCUUUCUCUACGCCGUCUGCCUCAGCGCGCCGCUGAUGUGCGUCUUCCUCGACGGCUGGUUCGCCGCCGCGGUCACCGCGCUCCGGUGCGCGGCGGACGCCAUGCACGCCUGGAACCUGAUGCUGCGGCUCCGGGACGCGCGCGCGCCGCCGGCGCGGGGGGACGCGGACGAGGAGGCGGCGCGGCCGGGCCGCGACGACGCGCUCGGCGGCGGCGCCGUGCCGGAACGACGGGCGAGGUCCAGGAACAAGAAGGGGAUUAUCUUGGACGUGUUCGUCAUCCUACCGGUGAUGCAGGUGAUCGUCUGGGCGGCGGCGCCGGCAAUGAUACGCGCGGGCUCGACGACCGCCGUCAUGACCGUGCUGCUGGUGGCGUUCCUGUUCGAGUACCUGCCCAAGAUCUACCACUCCGUCUGCGUCCUGCGCCGGUCGCAGGACGCCUCCGGCUACGUCUUCGGCACCAUCUGGUGGGGGAUCGCGCUCAACCUCAUGGCCUACUUCGUCGCCGCUCAUGCGGUGGGCGCGUGCUGGUACCUGCUCGGCGCGCAGCGGGCCACCAAAUGCCUCCGGGAGCAGUGCGCCCAGGCCGGGAGCGGGUGCGCGCCCGGGGCGCUGGCGUGCGCGGAGCCGCUCUACUACGGCGCCGCGGCGGCAGCGCCCGGCGCGGGCAGGCUCGCCUGGGCCGGCAACGCCACCGCCAGGGGCACGUGCCUCGACAGUGGCGACAACUACCAGUACGGGGCCUACAAGUGGACGGUCAUGCUGGUGGCCAACCCCAGCAGGGUCGAGAGGAUCCUGCUCCCGAUCUUCUGGGGGUUAAUGACUCUCAGCACGUUCGGGAACCUGGAGAGCACGACGGAGUGGCUGGAGAUCGUGUUCAACAUCAUCACCAUCACCGGUGGGCUGAUCCUCGUGACCAUGCUCAUCGGCAACAUCAAGGUGUUUUUGAACGCGACGACGUCCAAGAAGCAGGCGAUGCACACGCGGCUGCGGAGCGUGGAGCUGUGGAUGAAGCGGAAGAACCUGCCCAGGAGCUUCCGGCAGCGGGUGCGGCAGUACGAGCGGCAGCGGUGGGCGGCCACGCGCGGCGUCGACGAGUGCCGCAUCGUCCGCGACCUCCCCGAGGGGCUCCGCCGGGACAUCAAGUACCACCUCUGCCUCGACCUCGUGCGCCAGGUGCCGCUGUUCCAGCACAUGGACGACCUGGUGCUCGAGAACAUCUGCGACAGGGUCAAGUCCCUCAUAUUCCCCAAAGGAGAAGUCAUCGUCAGAGAAGGGGACCCGGUGAGGCGGAUGCUGUUCAUCGUGCGCGGGCACCUGCAGAGCAGCCAGGCGCUCCGCACCGGCGCCACGAGCCGGUGCACGCUGGGGCCGGGCAACUUCAGCGGCGACGAGCUGCUGUCGUGGUGCCUGCGCCGGCCGUUCCUGGAGCGGCUGCCGGCGUCGUCGUCCACGCUGGCCACGCUGGAGAGCACCGAGGCGUUCGGGCUGGACGCCGCGGACGUCAGGUACGUGACGCGCCACUUCCGCUACACCUUCACCAACGACAGGGUGCGGCGCAGCGCGCGCUACUACUCGCCCGGGUGGCGGACGUGGGCGGCCGUGGCCGUGCAGCUCGCGUGGCGGAGGUACAAGCACCGAAAGACGCUCGCGUCGCUGUCCUUCAUCCGACCGCGGCGGCCGCUGUCGCGGUGCUCGUCGCUGGGGGAGGAGAAGCUCCGCCUCUACACCGCGCUGCUCACCUCGCCCAAGCCCAACCAGGACGACCUGCUGUGAUUGCAGAGGCCACCGCGUGUGUGUGGAGUCUGAACAAACGCCAUGCUUAUACAGUUGUACGAGCUGCCGGGUCAGGUAGGACUGUAGGAGCAAAAUGCAACAGGCUACUGUUGUAAGUGAAUGUCAGGUUGAACUCGAGCAUUGGAGCAGGAGCUCCAGGUGUACGGCUUUACUGGUUUGAUAUGGCCCGUGCUGUGGUCAACCCUCAGCCCGAUUAAAGUCUCUUUUCUCC